CAUUUAGACAGGACACUGUACCUAGAAAUUGACUUCUGCAUCAGUCUGUCUUCUUCACAGACACUGUCUAUGAGCUAGGAGACAAUUCAUUUAUUUAUCUUUCAUUAAAGAGGUAUUCUAAUCAUUGGAACACUCACGACGUCUCAUCUAGACUCAAAUGAAGGGCGUUUCUACAGUCACGGAGUUCCUUAGGUGAAUUAUUGCCUUGACUCACUAGACACCAUAGGCAUAUUUAAAGGCUACCACCGUCAAUUCUGUUCAACAGUCGUUAGGAAUAUAACCAUACAACUCUUUUUUACUCAGGAAGCAGAAUUACAUACUCGGCAAUAAAGACAUUCUUUUAUCGACGCAAAUAUCUUGGGCUCUUUGAAAGAGCUUAACCGAAACUCUUAUCGUCGCUACAUAAACACAACCCAGGCAGCGAAUCAGGCCUCACAUUGCUAUUGGUGCUUAGAUGCCCAGCUCUUCAUUUCUCUUCUCUGAAUUAGACAUUCUCAUACCUCUACUUCUUAAUACUCAAGCCUAGGAGUUGCGGGAAACUAUGGCUACCAACGAUUCGGUGCUUCUCGCGGCAAGCGAGAUGUCAGCCACAAAUAUAACAGAACCGCCAAUGGCAAGCCUUACUUUCACAGAGCAGCUUGCAACUCUCCCGGCAUUAUUAUGGGACAACAAGGACUACUUCCUCCUUGAGGGACGCAUUAUAUUCACUGCCUUAGCAUGUAUUUAUAUAGGGUCUCAUGCAGCCCUUCGUCGUCCUCCAUCGGCAAAUCCCCCAAAGAAAAGCAAGAAAGGAGAAGAGCAGCGGGAUCGAGAUCAGGAAAGAGAAGACCAGCCAGUCCAGGGAAUGCUGCCUUCUGAUGCCAUUCUCUUUCCCAUCAUGGCAGCUAUAGUUCUUGUGGGUCUUUACUACUUGAUAAAGUGGCUUGAAGAUCCGGACAUUCUCAACAAGUUCCUUCGCGUCUACUUCAUGACUAUGUCACUAGCGAGCAUGGGGAAGUUGUUUGCCGACUCGCUACACUUCCUGACUGGGUUCAUAUUUCCUACGGUGUGGCGUGCUAGGGAUGGCAAACUGUACCAUGUCAACUAUCCUGGUGUAGGUCAAUGGACUACAGCUGGUGACAACGAAGAGAAGCUUUGGGAUGUCAAGAAGAAGACCCCCUUUCCUGGUCGAUGGUCUGAGUUGAACCUUUCUGAUUCCAAGAACAACUUACUUUGGGAUGUGCGCCAUUUACUUGUGGAGGAGUGGACCGUUCGUCUUUCAAUCCAUGGCAUCGUCCAUGAGAAAGUCAAGGUCAAAUUUAACGACAUUUUCGGCGCUGUCCUUGCCAUUGUAGCUAAUAUUAUAUACUACAAGACAGAGUCAACCAUCCUAUCCAACAUAAUGGGUUACGCGUUUUCUUACGCUGGGAUAAUACUCAUGUCGCCAACGACGUUCGCCACAGGAACGGCUGUCCUUUUCGGGCUUUUCUUUUAUGAUAUCUACAUGGUCUUCUUUACUCCGUAUAUGGUGACAGUUGCCACUCAGCUUGACGUUCCUAUCAAGAUUGUUUUUGAGGGAGGCCCUGGCAAGGCUAGUAUGCUCGGGCUGGGUGACAUCGUCCUUCCUGGUAUCUUUGUCGGACUGUGCCUACGCUUCGAUCACUACAUGUACUACCAUCGCCAACGGAAGCUCGUUCCGGUGGAGCUGAAGACCAGCGAUGAAUCUUCAGGCCAGCUAGUUACCAAUACCCAGACUCAACGCAUGGUGAUCAAGCCCGAUUAUGUGAACCCUCAAGGGCAGUGGGGCGAUCGAUUCUGGAGCACGAAACUUGGAAAGAUGCUAUCGCCGGAUGCCACACCCGCACUAAAAGCUUCUGCUUUCCCCAAGCCCUAUUUCCACGCUGCUAUAAUCGGAUAUUUCCUCGCUAUGAUAGUGACUCUAGCUAUGCUUAUAGUAUAUCGCCACGCGCAACCGGCACUAUUGUAUCUUGUCCCGGGCGUUGUUUCCGCCGUCUGGAUUACGGGAGCGGUUCGAAGAGAGAUUCGCGACAUGUGGACCUACACUGAGGAUGGUCAGCUUGAUACGGCAGAUACAAUAGUGGAAGUCGACGGGAAUGGAAACAUUAUCGACGUAGUCCGCAAUGACGAGAAAAAGGGCACAGAUGAAACGAAAGGGAGCGAGGAUAGCAAGGAUACAAAAGAGCCGAAGACAGAGAUAAAAGACAAUGCUCUCGAGGAUGAUAGUUUGACCAAGCAGGACAGCUCACAGGCAAAUGGAGACGACAAGAAAGCUUCGGAAGCCAAGAGUGCGCUUGAGCGCGAAGCAAAGAGCUAUCCCGUCUUCCUGUUCUCAAUCGAGGCCCCGGUUUCGAGGAGACUGUCCUCCGUCUCAUAGUGGUUUGUGUGGACUAGAUAAGUACUCCUAAAGCAAUCGCUCAAGGUGUACUUAAGGAGUAUACGUUAUCAAGCGACUUUAAAACGAAGAAGCGCUAGAAGUAUGAUAAAUCGAAUUUGUUUUAUGUACUAUGUUUAAGUUGACUUGGUGAAUGCGGAGUUGGAUUAAAUUCUAAGUCUAGGCCUUGUCUAUAAUGGAUCGACGCCAAGUGAUAAAUACAGAUAUGAUGUCGUCGCCAAUGUAUGUACCCAGGUGGGAGUGAGGAUGGCUUCGGGUGUUCAAACAUCAGCAGCUCACCACUACGCUGUCAGGAGAGGGUGAUGACUAUGGGGGCCCCGUUAUUAGGCCUGAUAACUCCCCAAACGAGAUUUCGUCUUCCUCUUUGGUCCUGACACCAAUACGACGCCGAGACGACCCUAAUGAGUACGCCCAUGAGUA